AUGUCCUUGUCAAAACUCAAAGUGCUAGUCGUGGGGGCUGGAGGAGUCGGAACAAUGGCAAGUGUUGCCCUUGAACGGUCUGGGAUGGCAAAUGUUACUCUCGUGCUACGAUCGAACUACGAAAAGGUGGCCGGUGACGGAUUUGAGAUCGAAUCUGUUGAUCAUGGAAAAUUAUCGGGAUGGAGACCAAGUCAGAUCAUCAAUGCUGUACCGGAAGCUGAUACAAAUGACCCUUUCGACUUUUUGGUAGUGUCUAUGAAGACAGUACCCGAGAUCAGCAAUAUCUCCAAGAUCAUCGCUCAGAGUAUAACACCUGGCCAUACUACAAUUGUCCUUAUGCAAAAUGGAAUGUACCUUGAGCCACCAUUCAUCGAAGCAUUCCCAACAAAUGUGGUUCUAUCUGGCGCAAGCUACAUUGGUGCUCAUGAAAGAAACGCUCAUAUUAUCCACGAUGACCCAGAUCAUUUCCACAUCGGCGCGUUUCACAAUCCACGGCUGGAUGUUCAGCAUGAGAAGGAAAGGCUAGAAGCAUUCACAACAGCUUAUAAUGGAAGCAAAGCGGUUAAUGCAGUUCCAGUCGAUGACAUAAUGCUAUAUCGCUGGAGGAAGAUCAUCUGGAAUGGCACUUAUAACCCCAUAUGCGCUAUUACACAACUUGACAAUGCUGCGGUUCGACGAUGUGGCGGGGAAUACAGUUUGAUUAGGCCAGCGAUGGCUGAGAUGGCGGCUAUUGCCAAAGCCGACGGAUAUGACUUGGGGGAGAACAUCGUUGACGAAAUGGUUAAUAAGACGCCCAUUGAACUUUGUUUCCGACCCAGCAUGUUGGUUGACAUUGAUAAAGGAAACCCAGUUGAGGUUGAAGUCAUAUUGGGGAAUGCUUUGCGAAUCGCUCGGGAGAAAGGAGUCCAAACGCCUAUUCUGGACAACACAUAUCGAUUUCUCAAAUUGAUACAGACACGCCUACUAGUUGCAAGGGGACAUAUAAGUGAGCCGAUGGAUGUGCCAAGGUCUGAUUUCAUAUAG